AUGGACGCAGACUCGCAAAGACUGCGCGCAAAAGUCGCGACGCUCAAUAACUCACUGCAUGAUCUCGAGAUCUUUGUCGGCUUGGACACCAUCCAACAGGCAAAGCUUCAGGUCGCAUUACCGUAUCUCGUGUAUGAUCUCGUCUUCAACCACCCUGUAAUUUCUGAACUGGACCGCAUAAGGCAGUAUUUUGACAAGAUCAAGAAUGCAGAAGACCCGAGAAGAGCGCAGCGGCCUCCAGGAGAUGAACAGGGACCUUCCCAUAUUCGUUUCGGCGAGGGCGGGCAGCCGACCAAGGUGCCCGUCAAGAUGACGAGCAAGAUGGUGGCACGGGCGCAGUACGAGAAGGAACUUGCGGAGGCUGAGAGCGAAGAAGAGGAAGGCUUGGAAGUCAUCGACGUCGAGGAAGUGCCAAACAACAUGGACAUCGACGUCAGCACAACUGCGAAAGACAAGGGCAAGGGCAAGGCGGUCGACAACGACGAUGCUGAGCCGUCUUCUGCUGGUCGGAAACGAAGACGACCAGCCAUGGACCCUUUCGCUGGCAUGCAGGCUACGGAGAUGACAACCCACCCUCUACUGCACAGGAGGAAAGAAGGCGAAGCCGGUCUGGAAGGCGGUCGCAGUACACCACUCUCAAGUUCCGACGCGGCGAAGAAAGCCAAGAAAGCUGAAAAGAAGGCCCGAAAGAAGGCGAAGCGGAAAGAGUCCAUAGGCUGA